AUGAUUUCGUUAACCCUUCCUACAGAUAUUCCUAAUGUUUCUGUUCUAGCCACGGAACCUUCUACUAACCAGCUGGAACCUGUACGACAUAAAGUUAAACAUGCUUGUAGCAGCUGUAAGGAAAGAAAAGUUAGAUGUGAUGGUCAGUCUCCUUGUGCUAGUUGUAUAAACGCAAGGGUGAAAUGUGAAUACGUUAUGAACAUGAAGCCAUUAAAGAAGAAACGCAAAGUUAGUUUUAUAAGAUCCAAUUUGUCUAAAAAUGAACUUAAAGGUGGAAGUUCUGUGAUUAGUUCUCAAAAUGCACAAGGCGUUGAUUAUAAGAAAGUCUUUCAUUCUUUGUUCCCGGACGUUGAUUUAUCUCAAAGUAACCUAUGUACCGAGUCAUUGAUAUCUAUUGUGAAAUCAAGCAACGAAUGCCCUCAGACCCAAGUGCCUUCUUCCCGACGUAAACUAAUACUACCGCCUAAACAAAUUGCGUUGACUCUCAUUUCGAAAUCUUGGGAUUCUGCUUGUUUAUUGUUCAGAUUUUACCAUAGACCAACUUUUAUCAAGGUAGUGGAAUCACUUUAUACAGUGAAAAAUUUCGAAUAUUCAGAGAAGCAAAAGCGAUUUCUCCCGCUUGUUUAUUCUGUGAUAGCGGUAGGGGCUCUAUUCUGUAAAUCGUACGCCGAAACAACAGACCACAAACAAAUGAUGGAGUUUUUUCAAGAUGAAGGGCAUAAAUAUUUCAUUGAAGCUAAAUGUUUACUCGAUCCGAUAAAUUCUCAAGAUGUUGAGUCGCUACAGGCCAUCUUCAUGCUUACAAUAUUUUUGCAGUGCAGUGCAAAUUUAUCCUCAGGAUAUACAUACAUUGGCAUUGCUCUUCGUACUGCUAUCAAACAAAAUUUCCAUAGGAAGACCUCUCUACAAAACUUGAAUUUGCUUGAACAAGAAACGAUUAAAAAAUUAUUUUGGACAAUUUAUAAAACUGACAUCUAUAUGAAUUGUAUUUUGGGACUUCCAAAUUCUCUAGAUGAAUCUCUCAUAGACCAGGAAUUUCCUUCUGAUAUUGAUGACGACAGAAUUUUAGAAAAUAGACUUUUAGUGCAGCCUUCAGGGAAGCUCAGCUCUGUUGGUAUGAAUAACGAGCACACAAAACUAAUUUUGAUAAUGAAUAAUGCCCAUAAAAUUCUUUAUCCAAUGUCUUUGACUGUUACUUCUAUUUCACAUAGUGAGAUUAGCAAGUUAGAAGGUGAAUUGUCCAACUGGCUUGAGAGAUUACCGUUUCAGUUGAAACCAGAAUUUUCCCCCACUUCAGAAAAACUUGCACCAUAUCUUAAACCUAAUCGCUAUUUGCAUCUUGAUUAUCUUCAUGCUGAAAUUAUGCUAUAUCGACCAUUUAUACACUAUCUUGUUUUAGAUAGUGAGGAAUUCCCCAAUUAUCAGUUUCAUAUUCAUAUGGCCAAUAAGUGCAUAAAUACAGCUCGUAAAGUUAUUCGAUUGGCUGUAGAGAUGGAUCAACAGAAAGUUUUAAACGCCGUUUACUGGUUUUCCGUCCAUACAAUUUUUUUUAGUGUUGCGUGCUUAUUAUAUUUCAUGCAUCAAAUGAAAUUGAAAGGGUGUAAUCUAAGUAGUCCUAACACCGAAAAGGACUGCAGAGAUGGUUUUAACUUACUGUUGCAAUUAAAGAAUGUUUCCCUGGCAUCUAGUAAAACUUUCGAGGUUCUAAAAUCUUUAUUCGAGAAAUUAAACCAAAAAACUAUGGAAUUAUCCGAUACAGUGUUACCCAACAUUAUUGCUAAACAAAAGGAACAUGAACUGGAAGCUUUUACCAAAAUAUCCGACCUCUUUAUGGAGAAUGAAAUUGAUGAGAAUUUACUGGAAUAUCAAAAUGUCGCAUUGCCUGACCCAACCGAAUUUGAUAAUGACUUUUUGAAUAAAAUUUUGAGUCAAUUUUCAUCAGAUCUCAGUUGA